AACUGGGCGGAGCCCACAGGGACAGUGCCCAUGUACAGGGGCGACCCGGAAAUGCACACGAACAAUGCAGAAGAACAGAUGGCAAUAAAUCAACAGUACUCAUGGUCACCUACAUACUUCAAUGAAGACAGACAUUCUCCAGCUCCAAGGAACAUGAAGGGAUUAUCCAGUAGCCGCCCACAGCCCCACAUCUGCUCAGGACAUACGUGUGGAUUAGCAUCCCCAGAGGACUGUGAACAUGCCCAUGAACACAUGCAUCAUGGGCAGGAUCACAGGCAAUCAUAUUUACUCAGCCCAACGGACAGCUGUCAAAUGGACCAUCAUCGAUGUUCGCCUCGUAGUUCCAUCCAUUCUGAAUGUAUGAUGAUGCCUAUGACAGUGAGCGAUCACAUGUCCAGUAGCACUUUUCCCCGAAUGCACUACACUUCACAUUUUGAGAGCAGAGAUGACUGUGCGGUUCAACACACUAGUAGUAGUAAAAUCAAUAGAAUCCCUGCAAACCUUCUUGAUCAGUUUGAGAAACAGCUGCCUUUACACAGAGAUGGAUUUCAUACACUACAGUAUCAGAAGAGUUCUACAGCAACAGAACAACGGAGUGAAAGCCCAGGGAGAAUACGGCAUCUUGUUCAUUCUGUGCAAAAGCUUUUUACUAAGUCCCAUUCCUUAGAAGGUUCUUCUAAAAGCCAUGUGAAUGGAACUAAAGGGGACGACCACCAUCAUGGGCAUCAUUCCAAGCACAGUAAAAGAAGUAAAAGUAAAGAACGAAAACCAGACUCGAAGCAUAAAUCUGGCAUGACAGGUUGGUGGAGUUCAGAUGACAAUUUGGACAGUGAUAGCACAUACAGAGCAUCCAGUGUGAUGAGUAGGCAUCAUGUUGACCAUCUGUCACACUGUUACCCUGAAGGCUACCAAGGCCACUUUGGGGACCUCACCCUAAAAACAUCUAAAAGUAACAAUGAUGUAAAAUGUUCUGCAUGUGAAAGCCUAGCUAUGACACCUGAUGGAAAGUACAUGAAAAGAAGCUCAUGGUCCACACUUACUGUAAGUCAGGCUAAGGAGGCUUAUCGCAAAUCUUCGCUUAACCUAGAGAAACCAAUGGUGCAUCAAGAAAUGAAACCUUCCAUGAGGCCGUGUCACUACCUUCAGGUGCCCCAAGAUGAAUGGGGAGGGUAUCCACUAGUAAAUAAGGAUGAAGAGAUUCCAUGCAGGAGAAUGAGGAGUGGGAGUUACAUCAAAGCCAUGGGGGAUGAAGACAGUGGUGACUCUGAUACUAGCCCCAAAACAUCACCAAAGGCAGUGGCUCGGCCAGAACCAUUGUUAAAGUCUGCUGGGCAGAGACAACAUGGUGAACAGCAAAACCAGAGUUACCUUCAGACAUCAAGUGAUGUGCCCCUGCCUAUGCCAGUGCCUGUCCCUAUCCCUGGUCAUGUCCUAGACCCAGCAGCUGACUACAACUCUCCUAAGUUCCGUUCCAGGAACCAGAGCUAUAUGCGAGCUGUAAGCACCUUCAGUCAGGCCAGCUGCGUCAGUCAGGUGAGUGAAGCAGAAAUCAAUGGACAGUUUGAGUCUGUCUGUGAGUCUGUUUUUAGUGAAGUUGAAUCUCAGGCAAUGGAAGCCCUUGACCUUCCUGGCUGCUUCCGUACAAGAAGUCACAGUUACCUACGUGCCAUUCAGGCUGGCUACUCCCAGGAUGAUGACUGUAUCCCUUCAAUGACAUCUUCCACUGUCACUUCAACCAUGAGGUCAUCAACAGCUGUAACAUAUGCAACCAGUUACAAAAAGACACCACCUCCAGUGCCACCCCGAACCACAUCAAAGCCAAUAAUCUCAGUGACAGCACAGAGCAGCACAGAAUCUACGCAAGAUGCAUAUCAGGAAAACAGGACUCAGAGGGUUUCCCCCUGGCCUCACAAUGGCAGGGGGUUGUACAACUCCACAGAUAGCCUGGACAGUACCAAGGCAAUGAACCUUGCACUGGAAACUGCAGCUGCCAAACGCCAUGCUUCCACUGGGAGCAGUUCAGUUCUUACUAGUGAUAAGGCUGUCUUAGUGAAGAAGGCAGAAGAGUUUCUCAAGAAGAGACGAGCGUCAAUAGGGAUUCAGGUAGAAACAACGACCGAUUCAGAUACAGAAAGCAAAAGCCUUCGGGAAUACCAUUCUGUUGGUGUACAAGUGGAGGAUCACAAACGACAUGGUCGAUUUAAACGUUCCAACAGUGUAACGGCUGCUGUUCAGGCUGAUCUUGAACUGGAGGGUUUUCCAAGUCACAUCAUUAUGGAGGACAAGGGACAUCAGUUUGGUUCAUCAUUUCAGCGUCACUCAGAGCCCAGCACCCCUACACAGUAUAGUGCAGUAAGAACUGUACGGACACAAGGAUUGUUCAGUUACAGGGAGGACUAUAGGUCUGCUGUUGACACUUCCAGUCUUCCACCACCAGACCCGUGGUUAGAGUCAACCCAUGAACCUAUAGAGACUGGCAGGAUAUCCCCAUGUCGACGAGAUGGCACAUGGUUCAUGAAACUGUUACACGCAGAAACAAAGAGGAUGGAGGGAUGGUGUAAGGAGAUGGAACGAGAGGCAGAAGAAAAUGACCUUAAUGAAGAAACCUUAGGGAAGAUCCGGAGUGCUGUCGGCAGUGCGCAGCUGCUAAUGUCACAGAAAUUCCAGCAGUUUUAUUGGCUCUGUCAACAGAAUCUGGACCCCAGUGCCAUGCCAAGACCGACAUCUCAAGAUUUAGCAGGAUUCUGGGACAUGUUGCAGCUUUCUGUUGAGGAUGUCAGCUUAAAGUUUGAUGAACUGCUUCAACUGAAGGCCAAUGAAUGGAAACUCCUAGACUCACCUGAAAAAAAAGAAGAAAAAAAGGCACCCCCUCCAAUACCAAAGAAGCCCCCAAAAGGAAAACUCCCAAUAACAAGAGAAAAAUCAUUAGACCUUCCAGACAGACAAAGGCAAGAAGCAAGACGAAGGUUAAUGGCUGCCAAAAGGGCUGCAUCUUUCCGGCAGAAUUCUACUACAGAGCGUGCAGACAGCAUUGAAAUAUAUAUCCCAGAGGCCCAAACCAGGCUUUAAGGAUAGUAUGCUGCAGGAACCCCCUUUUUUAAACCACAUGCUUGUACAGUUUGUCAUGUACAUGUUUUUGUUCCAUCUUCUCCACAGAGUAGGCUGUUGCUGUCACUGUUGUGCUCUUCAGAUCUUUACCAGAGUAAUGGAAUGAAUCUGAUCUCCUCAGAGUCUGAGUUCAUGAGAAAAAAAAUUACUAUUUUUUGUAAUUUGUAUCUGAUGACUCAAAAUCAGCUGCAGCAGUUAGUGCGUAAGCCUAACGCAUCCUUUAUGCUCUCAGAAGACAACAAGAGACACCUCUAGAGAUGGGACUUAGCGUGAUUUUUUUCUUAUUUAUAUUUUUAUAAACUGCUUAUAUGUUCACUGGGAUGAGGGAAAAAAUGAGUAUAUCGCACCCUUAAACAGAGGCACUAGCAAACAUGAGCAGAAAAUGUUACAAGUAUAAAAUGCAAGACAAAUUGAAUUUCCCUAAUGUUUGAUCCUGUCCACUUAACUUGUUUAUUAACUUUAAAUAUUUGGUCAUAUUUUGUUAUCCUUUCAUAACAGCACUGGCUUUGCCGAUUUUUACAACAGCUGUGAAACCUUAACUAAAACACAGUUCUCGGUAUAGCUGAAUAGGAUUGAAGUCAGUAUCAAAGUAAUAUAUUUUUUUACACAGUAACCAUAGAAACAGAUACAAUUUUAGUUUCUUCCUAACUAUGUACUGUAGCAUUCCUAAUAAAAGUGAACAUUUAGUACAUCAAAAUGAAAGAGAAAAAGGAUGAGAUAGGAUGUUACUGGUAUCCCCAAAGACUAGAUGUUUUGAGGUGAUUUGAUGCUAAUUUAAGAUAUUACUUUCUUUGUUCUGGUACAUUACCGACUUCUGAAAUGUGAUAAAAAUAUAUAUGCAGUAACUUUUUAUUAAAAAAAAGUUUUUGUUCUUAUUUUAAGGGUUACCUUACCUAUUGUUUCAUAUCAAAAUACUAUACUUUAGAAGUUUCAAAAGGAUCCUUAAAAGACCUGCAUAUAAUUAGUGUUAUAUAUUCUUUCUAGAGCAAACAUUUAAACAGAAAAUGAAAUAUGGGUUUGAACAAUAAGAUCAGAGUAAAAUUUGACUAGUAUAGUUUUAAACAAAGUGGAGAUGGAAAGUGUUUAACAAACACCAUUGUUGCUAUGGGGACCAUACGUCAACGGAAAGAACUGAAAAACAUUUUUAAGCAGAAUAAUUGCAAAACCAAUGUUGAUAUAUAAAGGCAAAAAAUAAAUACAUAAUUCAAAAGACUUGCACAUUAGCUAACAAAUACUUUUCCAUAUUGGAGAUUACAUGGGACUGACAUCGUGCCAUGCCAUUCACAUUUCAGAAGCUUUGUUUGUUCUUAGUUAAGAUUAUUUCAUAUUGUUUAAAAUGAGCUGUAUUGGUAGUAAUUGAAAUACUUCUAUGGAAAAGAAAAUUGAUGUCAGGGUUAAAACUUGUUAUCUGCAUCAUAAACCUUAUGAUGUCCUUGUUAUGACAGACCAUAGGCAGAUUUUGCAGUUGUGCAAGAAUUUUAGACUUUUAUUUCUAGAAAUGUUUUCCUCAGCCCAUAUGAGCACUUUAAUGAAAUUAACUCAGUUAUUUAUAUAUUUUAGUUAGCUAGAGGGUUGAUUAUUCAUUAAUUCACUUGCAUAAGCUUAUUAAUAUAUUCAGACUGGAAUAUUUUCAUUUCAAGUAAGUGAGAUGGGAUAAUGGUAAACUAAUUCCUUGAAAUUAUAACAAGCUAUAAUUCAGAGAUUUCAAAUGUUCAUUAAGAAUAAGCGGUGUGGUAGCACGUCUGCGAAUGAACCACACCUCAUAUUUUGGUAUUUAUUUUACCAAAAGCCUUAAACUGCAUUUGGGAGCAAAAACCAAGAUGAAUGUACAGCCUCGAAAGUUGCAAAAAAUGUUACUCCCUGACACAUCUUUGUUUAAAAAAAAAUUACUCUAGGUCAUUUAAACAUUUCUUUACAGAGGAAGUGUGCAGCCUGGGUAAUGUAUGAUAUUAAUGCUGCUGUGUAAUUUGUAUUCAUUUCAAAAGAAAUGUAUUUGUUGUUAAUGGCAUCUAGAGUUUCUAAAAGUAAUAUAAGUUGUAUAGGUUAAGCUGCUAAACUGACAAAAUAAAGCCAGUAUUUUCCCUAGAGAGAAGGGAAUCAUUAGAGAAUAUGAGAUGGGCCUCUAAUGUUAUGGCAGCUAAUAUGCUUCACUUACAUUUCUUUCAUAUUUGUAAGUACAUUUACUAUUUUUUAACAAUCGGGAGCAUGGAUGAUAUUGAUCCCCUCAAGGUCUGCUGUGCGUACAAGAAGCAGCCUUGGAAGAGCUGUUUUUGUCCUGCAUCACACAGCCGUAGCCUGCUACUCUGUAUCACUUUAAGUGUUACUCGGUAGGAAACAUGUGCCAACAGAGGGAGCAUUAGCAGGAUGAACACAGCAGAUACACUAUGCUUUAGCACAUCAUGGGCUGUUUUUGCCAUAAUAAGACUUGACGUUUUCAUCAUUUUCUGUUUACCUUUUAACAAGUAAUUAACAGUGAAGAAGAUGUAGACGGCUCAACGUGAUAAAAUGUUACCAGUGCCAGACAAUGUUUAUAAGUGCAAUAUUUAGCUGACAUUACAGAUAACAUUUUAUCUACUAAAGCAAAUAAGGUUAUUCUGUUACCAUGUACUGCUGCCUUUGAGUAACUAAUUGCAUAGUAAUGUUUAUCACACUUGUGUAGAAUGCAUGUAAGAUAGAUUUAAAAAAGGAUAUAUUUUCAAACUAUAAAACAUAUGCAAUAGGUUUGAUAUGACAGUGAGAUUAUGACAGAACCUGAGUUUCUCAAUAGAAGAAAUUUUGAACAUUUAAAGAGUAGGUACUUACAAAAUUAGAAUCAUUGUUUAUUAUAUGACAUGCUAUCACUAAACAUUAGAAAUUGUCUUUGUUCACUGUUCCAGUAAUCAAAAACAUAAGACAUUUAUUUCUACCAUUGUUGGUGGAUCUAGUUCUUUUCUUACAUAAGUGUUUUAUAUUUAUUUUCUGUAACCUAAUGGUUUGAACAUAGACUCAACUUCUGCUAAAAAAAGAUGCAAACUUUAAGAUAAUUUAUAACACUGAUUUAGCAGGAACUGUUCUAGUGUUACUGCUGAUAAUAAAUUCAACUUCUUUCAAUUGUUUAUAAGGCAGGCAAGUAUAUAUUCCUUUCAAUCCUUUUUCUUUAGGUUCUGAAUAAGGCAUUUAUAUAACACUAGUGAAAGAUACCACAAUUCUUAAUGUGUAACCAUACCUCUCAACUAUCCAGAUUUUCACAGAAUGUCCAGAUUUUUGCCUCAUAUUUUUGUUCUGUUUCUUAUAAAAUUUGUUGUUUUCUGGAAAAUCACUGAGGCCUGAAGUUACUAACUAAUUACAAACAUUGGAACUUCAGAUUUCAUAUUCUUCUGAAAAUGCAUGCUAAUACAAAAUUAUACUAUCAAAUGUUUAAAUGUUUAGGAGAAAUAUUUAAAAUUUGUCCCUAUUUUUGGGCCUUUGUCCCCCCAUUAUUUUUGACUUUGUCCAGAUUUCUUGAGCUAAGAGGCUGAAUGGUAUGCAUGUAACAAAUGCCUUUGAUGCAUAUUUUGUUCUAUUUCUUUUUACAACACUAUUUUCAUUUAAGAACUGGAUUAUGUACAUCAACAAAUGCACUUUUUGAGGAAACUAAGUAGUACAUAAAUAUUAAGGGAUUUAUUUAGGUUCCAAAGGGCAACUUCUGGAACAAUGUAUCACAUUUCAUUAUCCUGACUCGUAAGCUUUAUUGCUGCACCCAAACAUUAUUUCAUUUAAUUCAAACAUUCACCAGUACUUGAUCAAAAUAAAACAUUCAAUUAAUAAAUGAAUGAUACAUUUUGUUGUACCACACAUUAUUUCCAUUUUAUAUGCCAGUGCAAAACUUGUAGUGACUUAUGAAUAUAGUGGCUAAAAUGCUUAUGUAUAAAAAAGAGCAUCUGAAGUUUUCUAAAUGUAGUCCUUGUUAAAUUACAAGGAUAUGAAUUAAAGCAAUGAAUUUACAUGUGACCUAUUUUAUUGCAAAAAGUAAGUGCCUGCUCUUUAAAAUGAAAUAACAGUCUGCAUGUAGAUAAGCUUGGGUGAAUGGAGGACAGGAUGAAGAUCUGUGUUGUGAUUUUUUAUAAUUGUUAGCAUUAUAAAGACCAUACUGUCCUUGUGUUAUUUGAAAUUCCUGUUUAAACUGUGACUUUUUUAUAGUUUUAAGUUUAUGCCCUGUUCUAAGCAGUAAAGAACUUCAUGUAUUUCUUUAUACUCCCCCAAAAUGAGCACCUAGAUGAAGACGACUGAUGGCCAGUGUGAUUUACAGUUACUCAUUAUAAAAGUAUCCAUAUGUCAUUUUCAAAA